AGCAAGAAACUAACUCCAAAUGGGAAUUAAUCUAAAGGAAAAAUGUUUUUACAUGAAAAUACCAAGCAUUAAAGACAAUCUGAUUUUGCUACUCGCGUAACAAAGCGCUAUGCGCGUAACAAAGGCCUUUUCUUGACAUACGCGGUUAGGGAACGAUGAAGAAUCCCCUCCAAAAAUAAAAAAAAUAAAAAAAAGGGUACGUGUGGAUAUACGACCGAAGAUGUCACAAUAGCGCAUAGUUGCACCGCGUGACAACUGCGCGCGCCAUACGUCUCUUCCCACCCACACAUGCAAUUUCUCGACGUGUUUCUUUCUUCCUCCCUAUCUCUCUCUCCCUCGCUCUCGUCAUCGCCUCAGCCCCCUCCCGAUACUCGAGGGGGCACCGGCUUUCCUCUCCACGUUUCUUCCUCUCACCCAUCCAGUAAAAAGCUCAACUCGUAAGUGCCACGAAAAGCUCAGUCGUUCGCGAGCUGCGCUCGAGUGCACACCUCGGUUCUGUACGAGUGUCACGUGUAUCUCGUGGACAUGUGAGUCCUCAGAGCGCCCCUGAAAUUGACAUCUUCUUUCUCCUCCUUAUCCUUUUUCUCUUUCUCUUCUCUUUUUCUCCUCUUUUCCACAAACAAACACGUGCUCGUCGAAACACGUGUCGCGUACGUAGAGUGAUGAGAUGAGGUGAGUUCGCGCAUGGUUGCGGAGGGAUUCAAAGGUAUCUCGCAAGUGCACACCGAUAAAAUGCAUUAUUUAACGAUGCUGCUGAUAACAACGAUUGCGAUCCUUUUCGCGCCGGUUGUUGCGAAUCCUUUCUUCGAAGCCGCGCAAGAAAUGUCCUGCUGCUCGCUUGCUGCUGGAUCCUGUCGGAAUGUGUGCUCCAAGAUAUCUUUGGUGGUCCUGGGUGCCGAAAUCGAGGCGAGAGAAAACGCUAAUCGGCGUCUGCUGGAAUUUUGUCCCAUGGAACUGAUGGACUUCUGGUUCUGCGUGAACUCAACGUUGAAUGAGCUCAAGAGGAAUGAGAAUUGGAUAGGUCGAGGAUGCUGCCGCCUUAUUCAGAAUCCCACGUGUCGCACAACCUGCGCCCUGUCGGGUUCCACAAACGAUUUGAACGAGUCCUGCCGCCCAAGCGACGAGUCCGAAUUUUUCUUUUGCUUAGAAAAGCGUGAGGAGGCGGAACGAUGCUGUAGCAAUGUUUCCAAUGAUACUUGCAGAUCCAUCUGCAAGGAUAUUUUUUACAAGCCAAGCAAGCAGUCUAGCUUGAAACUGUACAGCAGCAAGGGUUGCUUCCAUCAAAUUCCCAAAUGCCUGAAGAGCGUAGCCGAGGUGAAACAUGCCGAAGAUCCGAAGCAACAUUUGCAUUGUUGCGAGGAAGCCACAACUCCAGCGUGCCUAGACACAUGUCGCAAGACUCUUCACAUCGCGAACACUGAUCAAGAAAUCAUGGAUGCCUUGGCGGAAAAGUGCAGCCCGGUAUUGCCUCAGUCGCCAAUGUGGAGUUGUUUGUUGAAAUCGGGUUCGACGAAGCCGGCGCGUUUACCGUUAGAUGCCGGCAAACUGGCAUGUUGCACAAAAGCGACGAGGCCCACCUGCCAAAAUUUGUGUUGGCGGGCCUUUCAGGCCGACUGGGAAUCUGCUUGGGCCCAGUUGGAUGCGUUGUGCCUCUCGUCCAGCUUGGAGGGUGAACUGAGGAGAUGUCUCGAGGAUGCGGACGAUCCUUGCGAGAUGGGUUGUUCCGGAUUGUCUUAUUGCGCGCGAUUCAACGACAGACCUACCACUCUGUUCAGGACAUGUACAAGUACAGCUGACGAGGCUGCCAAGUGGGAAGCUGACCAUUGGUCCAGAGGCGGAAUUAUUCGUGGAUUAGGCGUACCUGUACGCGCAGCGGCUUCUUGUCCAGCGGAGACUUUACGCGCAGCGGCUUGUCUUCUGCAGUUGCGACCUUGUGAGACUAGAAUCCACGAGACGCGACUCUGUCGUGAGGAUUGUUUGGAAUUAAUGGCGAGCUGUGUGGAUUGGGGUGCAAUUACGGGACCGCACACAGCCGCAACUUUGUGUGCCAAGCUGUCGCCGGGUAGACCAGACGCGCCGUGCGUCUCAUUGAGACCGUAUCUGGAUGAUUCGCAGGAUGACGAGACAGUGAUCCAUCCCGAGGAAGACAUUACGACACCGUGCAAGCGGAAUCCAUGUCCGCAGGGUCAGCUUUGCGUUCUUCAACCGAAUGGUGCCAAAAUCUAUCGUUGCGUGCCGGCUUGCUCUCUCGGUGAGAUGUCGAAGCAAUUAGUGCCAGUUGGAUCCUGGAUCCAAAUUCCCCGAUUCGAUCAGCAGGGCUGCUUGAAUAUCUGUCAAUGCACGACGCGUGGCCUAGAAAAGUGUCGUACGCCCAACUGUUUUAACUUCAAGUCCUGCUGGGUGCAUGACCGAUUCAUUCAGCACAAAACCAACUUUUAUCUUGAGUGCAAUCCCUGCCAUUGUUUCGAAGGCGAGUUUACAUGUUCCAAGAAAAGCUGUGGCGAACCACGCGCGCCAUCCUUGCCCUGCGAUUGUCCAGCUCAUUAUGUCCCGGUUUGCGGCAGAUUAGGCUUCACCUUCGCGUCUGCCUGUCUGGCGAAGUGCGCCGAACUGUCGGCUACCGAAGUAGAAUUUGGCAGCUGUUCCAGCAGGGAUCCCUGUGCGUCCAAUCCCUGUAAAAGCGCAGAGAGAUGUAUUCGCAAACCUACAGUUUGUUUGUCGCGUUUGCACAAAUCAUGCCAGCAAUACGAAUGUGUGCCGAUAGAUUGUAAUCCGCGCGAUGAGUCCAGCGGACCGGUCUGUGAUCGCGAGAAUAGACAAUAUCCUUCUGUCUGUGCCAUGAUUCGAGCUGGAGCCACUUUGAGCUAUAGAGGACCUUGUCUGAGGGGUUGUAGUCUGAGGGGUCCGGUGUGCGGCAUCAACGGCGAGGUCUACGCCAACGAAUGCGCGGCUUGGGCCGAGAAAAUUAUCGUAGAUUAUCAAGGUCCCUGCGUCGCCGUUGGUCUCAUAGGAGAAGAGGCAAAACCUCGUUGCGGCGAUGUUGUACAAUGCCCUGCCUUGGUAGAACCAUAUUGCAUUGGGGUCACUCCUCCUGGUGCUUGUUGUCCUGUUUGCGGAGGAGCAGCGAGAUUAUUUUAUUCAAAGAAACAGUUGGAAAGAAUCUACUAUAUAAUGGACGAAGAAGCCGACAAGGACUCCGUUACAUUGGAAGUUCUUCUGGGCGCUCUAGGUCGUCAGUUGCAAGUAGCGCAAUGCGCGAUUCGGGGUAUGAUGACGCCCGAUUGCGAUAUCUUCAUUGUCGUACAGCCUGUUGCCAAAAAACCAUCAGCGUUACAAUUGCGAGCUUGCGUGACGGAAACGGAAAAACUUGUCACCAGGAUCACAGAAAGAAGUCCUAGAAUCGCAGCGGAAGUUCCUCUGGGUUCAUUGACUAGAGCAGAGAUAGCUCACAGUUACGUUUCUAGUGCCAUGAAAAUUCGAGCUUGGCACGUAACAAUUAUUCUGUUUAUCUUCAUGUUAAAAAUUACAUCUUGAAAGCGAUUAUGUCAAAGAGAAAAUAAGAUUUAUCGCUUAUUCAAUUCAUGAUUCAAAAAUAUUUACGCAGUAAUGCAUAAUUUAAUUAAUGACGUGAAAUAUAUGAGUUUAUCAGUGUAUUUACUUCAUAUUUAAGUUAUAAGCGAUAAAGCCUAUUUUCUCAUUCGUUCUGAUUGUUGAAAGUUUUUUUACCUAAUCGCAAUUGCCAUUCGCUGUGGCGAAUGUCUAUAGCGUGUCUCAUGUCUGUGAUUCUUCUAGUGCCUUCUAAUAGCAUAUAACGGGAUGUAUUUUUAGUUACUGAUUAAUAUUGCCAAAGAAAAAGAGCAUAUAUCAAGAAAAUGUACAAAGGGAUAGGAUUUCUUGUGCGCAUAAUCGAGAUAAUAUUAUAAGUUGUAAAUAAAGACUUCAUAAACAUAAGUUACAUAUAUGCAUCACAAUCUGCAUAUUGAUUGAUAUAUCAGUAUAUGUGUUUGCAUAUGUGAUUUUUACAUAGCGUGUCCUUCCAAAGAUUCAUCGUAAUAAUCAUAAUUUUUUUGAAAAUUUUGUUAUAUGAAAUUUUUGUGUAAAGGAGAAACCAACAAUUUUAUCAAACAUGUCAUUAUUCUAUGAUUUUUUCUAGUACACGCUGCAUAGAUACGGUUUUACGUUGCGAAGUAUUUCAAAUUUUUAUCGUAUAUGAUAAAGAAAUUAAUUCAUUAAAACUCGUCAAGCAGGUAAUAAAUGUGUGUUUGCAUUUUAUUUAUAAAUCUGCGAUCGCCUGCAGUGGUUCGUGCCAAUGAUAUGAAUAAUGCUCCCAUAAUUGUUAAGUAUAUU